CCUCAUGACCGAAACCCUGAAGAAGGCAGGAUGUCCCUGGGUGAGGAGCAGCUUGUGCCAGGAAGGGGUCACAGCAGCUGACCAGUGAGACAUGGCCUGGUAUAAUGAGCCAAGCCCUUAUACUGUGGAAUCUGUCAUUCUCACCCCAGCACAUCCAGGGCCCAGAGCACAAGAGCUGAGGGAGAACUCAGCUGGCUAUAGGUACCCACCAUGGAGACGUUGAGGGGGCCACAUCUUACAUCCUUUGGAUUAUGGCUUGGACAGAACGGUCCCUUUCCCCCCUAGGAACUCCUUGGGCCUCUGCUGCUACUUACCCUGGGCUCCAAAAGUACAAGAGACACAUGAUCUCGCCUGGAGUCUUCUCAGCUUUCAUCCUUCCUCAGACACAGACAUGACCCCCUACCCACCACUGCACUGUCCUCUUCAGCAGACCCCCUUCUUCCACCUCCUGCCCUUGGACCUGCCUGAGCUCUGACCACCAGCCCUUGCAGCCUGAACCCAGGAGCUGCUUCUCCCCUAAUCCCAAGCGCCUCCUGGCUGGGACAAGAGUGCUCCCCACUUUAUACUCCACACACCCCAGCUCCUCUGAAACCCCUUUUGGCCAGUAGUAUCAUAUACACCUUCCUCCCUGUGGUCAUUUGACCCCAAUGACCUCGGUUCUGGGGACAUGCUGUUAUUUCCACUCAGGCACCCACUGCUGUUUUUGGUGACCGACAUCCACAGAAAUGGGGCAGCCAACGCCUUGGCCUGUCAGUCCACGGAAGCGCCGUUACUUCCUACCGCGGCACUCAGACCUGUCAUUGCCAGUAACAGCGCCUUCGGAUAUCGGGCGUCUAGGCUCUGGUCGCCGCCUCCGGUUUUCCUCCCACCUGCCCUACUCAUGACCUUUCUCUGAUUCUCUUUGAGCCGGAGCUUUCUCUUUGGCGCCGAAGGGGCCGAACAGCAGCAGGUCGUCUUCACUGCCCUCCGGCGCGGUACGCUGCGUGAGGGGUACCCUGGGGCCGCUCCCAACGCCCAUGACGCCCGCUCUGCUCUGGGCAUGCGCGGCGACGAGGGGGGCCGCGCGCGCUGCGGCGCAGGGGCCGCCGGGACCGGAAGUGCGGGCGGGCGCAGAGCCCUGAGCCUGACUCGAGCGGCGCUCCCGGCCGGCGGCCGUAGCUGGCAGCGGGAGCGCGGUCCCUGAGUCGCUCCACUCUGCCAUGGGCCUCCUGUCCGACCCGGUGCGCCGGCGCGCACUCGCCCGCCUUGUGCUGCGCCUCAACGCGCCGCUCUGCGUGCUGAGCUACUUGGCCGGCAUCGCCUGGUUCCUGGCGCUGGCUUUCCCGCCGCUGACCCAGCGCACUUACAUGUCGGAGAAUGCUAUGGGCUCCACCAUGGUGGAGGAGCAGUUUGCGGGCGGAGACCGUGCCCGGGUCUUUGCCCGGGACUUCGCUGUCCACCGCAGGAAGUCGGGGGCUCUGCCAGUGGCUUGGCUGGAGCGGACAAUGCGGUCAGUGGGACUGGAGGUCUACACGCAGAGUUUCUCCCGGAAACUGCCUUUUCCAGAUGAGACCCACGAGCGCUAUAUGGUAUCAGGCAUCAAUGUGUACGGCAUCCUGCGGGCACCGCGCGCUGCCAGCACUGAGUCCCUGGUGCUCACUGUACCCUGUGGCUCUGACUCUACCAACAGCCAGGCUGUGGGACUGCUGCUGGCACUUGCUGCCCACUUCCGGGGGCAGAUCUACUGGGCCAAAGACAUCAUCUUCCUGGUGACAGAACACGACCUUCUGGGCACUGAGGCUUGGCUUGAAGCCUACCAUGAUGUCAAUGUCACCGGUAUGCAGUCAUCCCCUCUGCAGGGCCGAGCUGGGGCCAUUCAGGCAGCUGUGGCCCUGGAGCUGAACAGUGAUGUGGUCACUAGCCUUGAUGUGGCCGUGGAGGGGCUCAACGGACAGCUGCCCAACCUGGACCUGCUUAACCUCUUCCAGACCUUCUGCCAGAAAGGAGGGCUGCUGUGUACACUGCAAGGCAAGCUGCAGCCCCAGGACUGGGCGUCAAUAGACGGCCCAUUGCAGAGUGUGCAGACAUUGCUGCUCAUGGUUCUGCAGCAGGCCUCCGGCCGCCCCCAUGGCCCCCACGGCCUCUUCCUGCGCUAUCGCGUGGAGGCUCUAACCCUCCGUGGUAUCAACAGCUUCCGCCAGUAUAAGUAUGACCUGGUGGCAGUGGGCAAGGCUCUGGAGGGCAUGUUCCGCAAGCUCAACCACCUCCUGGAGCGCCUGCAUCAGUCCUUCUUCUUCUACCUGCUCCCCGCGCUCUCCCGCUUCGUCUCCAUUGGCCUCUACAUGCCGGCUGCCGGCUUUUUGCUCCUGGUCCUUGGUCUCAAGGCUCUGGAACUGUGGAUGCAGCUGCAUGAGGCUGGAGUGGGUCCUGAGGAGGCUGGGGGGAUCUCUGGAUCCAGUCCUCCCCUCCCCCUAACACAGGGUGUGGGGCUGGCCUCCCUCGUGGCGCCCUUGCUGAUCUCCCAGGCCGUGGGCCUGGCCCUCUAUGUCCUGCCAGUGCUGGGUCAACAUGUGGCCACCCAACACUUCCCUGUGACUGAGGCCGAGGCCGUGGUGCUGACACUGCUGGCCAUCUGUGCAGCAGGCCUGGCCCUUCCACACAACACCCACCGGGUGGCGAACCCACAGGCCCCAGACAGGGGCUGGAUGGCUCUGAAGCUGGUGGCCCUGAUCUACCUGGCACUACAACUGGCCUGUACCACCCUCACCAACUUCUCUCUGGGCUUUCUGCUGGCUGCCACCAUGGUACCCGCUGCUGCACUCGUCAAGCCCUCUGGGCCCCGGCCACUCUACGCCGCCCUGCUGGUGCUGACGAGCCCAGCAGCUACACUCCUGGGUAGCCUGUUCCUAUGGCGGGAGCUGCAGGAGGCACCGCUUUCCCUGGCCGAGGGCUGGCAGCUCUUCUUGGCAGCGCUGGCCCAGGGCGUGCUGGACCACCACACCUAUGGCGCCCUGCUCUUUCCACUGCUGGCUCUGGGCCUCUAUCCCUGCUGGCUGCUCUUCUGGAACGUGCUCUUCUGGAAGUGAUGACAAUAGGGGAAACUCCCCAGGCGCCCCUAUUCUCUCCUUCUGGGAAAUAAACAGGCAUUUUGUUUCAGCUGC